AUGAGGCGGCAUGAGCUGGCGUACGCUAAAAGGUACGCUAGGCGCGGGUCGCUGGAGGCCAGCGGUGGCCAGUCGGGCGGCGGCGGCGGCGGUGGCAGCGGCACACCCACACACCAGAUUCCACAGUCGCUGCUGACCAGUGCGCUUACAAAGGAGCGCGACCCGACCCCGGGUCACCGUCUAUUCUCUCCGCUCUCGGGCGCCGCUCGGGCGCCCCACAUCGUCACCACGGCGUCCGACCAGGACCGGGAGGCCCGGGAGGAGCUGGUGCUGGCGCCCAGCCCGCGCAGCACCUCCCCUCUUCACUCGGGCUACGCCAACGGAAACGGAAACGGGAACGGAAACGGAAACGGGUUCGGCCAUGACAAGGAUAUCUACCUGGCCAACGGCGACAGCCACAGACCACGGAGGUCUAUCGGCAGCGGUUACGGCUGCGUCAGACACACGUUUUGCCUGCUCAACGCCGGAAUGUGGCUGUGCGGCUGCGGCCUGCUGGGCGUGGGUCUGUGGCUGCGGUUCGCCCACGGCGGCUACAGCUCUCUGCUCUCCAACUACCAGGGCCUGAGUGUUGACGGCCUGUGUAUCACCGCCGGCGUCAUCGCUGCCGUCAUCGCCUUCUUCGGCUGCUGCGGCGCCUGCUUCCAGAACCGCUGCCUGCUGAUGACGUAUUUCAGCUGUGUGGCGUUCGCGUUUCUGCUGGAGCUCAUAGUGAUGGUGCUCUGCUUCAUCUUCAAAAUAGAGCUGGGCGAGACGCUGGUCUCGGAGCUGAACGCCGGCGUCCGGCAGCACUAUAACCGCUCCAACAGCCUGGCCGUCACCUGGGACCACAUCCAGCAGGAGUUCGACUGCUGCGGCGUGCAGUCGUACAAGGACUGGUACUCGAUCAGCGCCUGGCCAGACGAGUCCAUCGUGCCGGACUCGUGCUGCCUGCCCUGGGUGAAAAAUACCACCGACUGUGGACGGAGCGGCCUCCCGAGUCACUGGCACAGAGCCGGCUGCUACGAAAUGAUCAACAUCUGGUUCCUGGAGCGGCUCCAUGUGCUAGGCAUAGCUGCUCUGGUGCUCGCCUUCAUACAGCUCUUCGGCAUGGUCUCUUCGAUGAUGCUCUACUGCACGCUCGGUCACAAGCGGAAACGCUUCUACACGUACCGGUCCUACCAGCCGACCUCCUGACGACCACUGGAGACGGCCCUCUAGCGGCCGUCGCUGAUAACUGCAGUACAAAAACCGUCCGCUAGGUAGCACUGCCUGGUCAGGUCCAGCGCCGAAUGUUACCACGGGAUGCGUCGAGUCCAAGGAGCUCGACAGGCUGUCACAGCGGCCAAAGGUGACAUGCGAGAGCCAUUCCUGCUUUGAACUGAAGAAGCGGAUAAAUCGCUGCCUUGGAAGUGGCGGUGUGUCGCUAGACGGCUGAUCGAGACUGGUUGUCCACUUGUCCAGCGCCUUCCACGGCGGUUUAUAGCGCAUGUGACGGUUCCGAUGAGGCCGUGGACAAGUCAGCAGCUGGAAAUGUUUGAUGUUAUCGACGAGUUGUUAAGUAGCCAAGAAGUUGGUGUGUAGAGCUCCUUUGGCUUAUUAUGGGUAGGCACUGGCUGGAGAUAUGCGGAACAUCGUGCUUUUGGCUGAAUAUAGGAAUGUGCAGUUGUGAGUUAUAUGACGUCAGCUGUGUAUAAUGAACAUUUUGCCAUUACAAUAAUCAUCGAACUCUGACAGUGCUUCAGCCGUGAGUAAUCCAGUAUGUACGCUGUUCAUAUUUAUACAGUAGUUAUGCUAAUUAUGGGUUAAUUCCGCUCUUUGGCGAAGCGAAGCCAACACGCCCGUAUUUGAACAUGCAUUUAUCACCAAUUGGCGUUGUUAUGUACUCUUGGAAGGGGCUAAACCCUGUGUGCUUGUCUAAUCAAUUCGAUUGUAAAUGCCUUCUGUCCAACCCGUAGUAAAACGUUCAAACUGUGAAACCCGUUCUUUUGUUUUAUUUUGUCGAUACUGCCAACGCAAACUGGGACCUAAAAACCAACUUUGUUUGGUAACAUUCCAGCUAUUGUAUGGUUUAAUCGUUGUUGAUUAUCAUCUAUCCAAACUCGCUAUACCCUCGUGUGAUGAAUAAGCGGCCACAAGAAGCGAAAAGAAGCGGCCAAACCAAGUGCCAUCCAUUCUCCGUACAUGCACCACGUAUGCCCUAUAUCGUAACUCACUUGUGACGCGACAUCGUUCGUUGUUUGUAAAUGCUCUGACUGAACAUGUUCAACAUGAUUAUCGGCCUAGCUGUGAUAAGUUAUUACUUGGCUGGCUCAUAGAUUGUCCGAUAUGCAAUAUCGGCAUAGUGUACUUAAUCAUGUAGCCUCUCGCAACCACAGUGGCGCUUUCCCCUGCAGUGCGCGUGGGGCGGAGAGAAUUAUAGCUGCAAAACACCCGUGUCUGGUGUCUGUCUCUCGCACGCGGGUGUGUGUCUGGUAGUACCCCGGCCCAGUGUGGUGUUUGUAUGAAGAUGUUGACUGGAUGGAAUCUCCCGCACGCGGCCGCCGAGGAACGUUUGUUCAGUCAGCAACUGAGCAUGUCUGUGUGAGACGGUCACCUGCACAACGAAUACAUGCAUUCGACUCACCGUUUA